GACUUAAUUCUUCGUAUGUAAUUCAUUUACUGUCUUACUUGCCUGUAGACGCAAAUUAAAAUAUUUUUUUAGGUUUUUGCCAUUGAAAUGGCCUUUGGAGAUUAUCCUGUUGAAUAUAAUCCCAAAAUACAUGGACCGUACGAUCCUGCUCGUUUUUAUGGCAAACCUGAUACUCCUCUUGGACAAGUGAAAGUUGGAGAGAUUGGAGCUUGGUUAGCACGUCGUAAUAAAACACCCAGUGCUAUAACUGGAGCUUUGAGCCGAGCUUAUUGGAGAUGGCAACACAAAUAUGUUCAGCCUAAAAGAGCUGGGAUCGCACCAUUUUUGCAUGUAGUAUUUGGUUCUAUGGCAUUUUUCUACUUGAUUAAUUACGGAAAGUUGAGCCGCCACAGGAAUUACAAGUACCAUUAAUACAUGGGCCAUACAUUUCUGUAGUCUUUUGCUGUAUAUUGAGCAGUCACAUAACAUAUAUAGCAAAAUUGGUAUAUCUUCACUGAAUUAAAAUGUACUAAAUUAA